AUGGCGCGGCGCGAGCUGAAUGUGCGCGAGCUGCUGGAGCUGGAGCGCCAGAUCUACCAGGAGAGCAUCGACCGCGUGCUUCAGCAACAGGAGCAGCUGCAUUCCGGCGAGCACGAGGGCUUUGUGCGCCGCUGCAGGCCGUUCGAGGCCGACCGGGAGCGCGAGCUGCAGGUGGCGCAGGCCCAGUACCAGUUCUCGCUCAGUGACGCGUUGAGUUUGCGGGACUUCGACCUGCAGCAGGCCGACGACGUGUUCCGCGCUGAGCGGCUGCAACUUAAGCGGAAGCUGCUGGAGAGGGUGCGGCGACGGCGACUGAGGGUCGAGAAGCGGCUGAAGGCGCUGGACGAGAAGCCCACCAACGUCACCAGCAACUCAAAGAGGACAAAAGUUGGAGCUAUUGUUGCUGCGUCCAGGCUGGAGGGACAGCUGCAGCCACAGGAGCUGGAGACGCAGCUACGACGAGCGCAGCGGCGCACCAGGAAGAGCUUCAACUUCCGACAUUUGGCCGGUGGAGUGCUGCCCACGCCGCAGCGGAUUGUGGAGGAUGUCGUGAAGGAAUGUCAAAAGUUGCAGCGCAAUCGAGAGCAGCAAGAAGCGGCGACAAUGGCGGCGGAGGAAGGGGCAGCAACGCAAAUGCAGGUGGCAGUUGGUGAAGAUGGACAGAAGAUCGUGUGUCGAGGUGGAAAUGGACAAGAGACGUUCGCUGUGGGGGACGCAGUGGUGCUCAUCUCGCAGUUAACGGAGGAGGAUUUCCACGGAUUCGUGUCGGUUAUCACGCCUGAAGAGGUGAAACUGGUGCUGGUGUGUGGGUCCCACGUACGUGUGACGCUUACUCGGCUACGCAGUGGACAGUGUACGCUUGAGAGGCAGGCAAUUGGAAAACCGGAAAAGAGGCGAGGAGAUAUUUAUGCGAAUGGAUCGACGCCAGGCGCUACUAGCCUGGAAGCGCUGAUACGUGAUCCCCCAGACGUCCGUCGCCGUGCCGCCGCCGUUAUGAACCGACUCAAGCGAAAGACAACGAUCGAUAUUCGACGUGGCUUCUGA